CAUAAUACUUAUAUUAGGAGUGCCUCCUUAGGAAUAACCCAAAUUCAAGCUACCUCCCCAGGAAGAACUUGAACUGGAAGUCAUUACCCAGACCCAAUCCCAACGGAACACAAUGCAGGAGCAUUUGUAAAGAGAGCCAGACAUCCAACGAUCCCAUUUCUUUAAUGGCAAAUGCAGAGCGUUGGGAUCAUCUCCUGUCGUAGAUAUGACCUGACCUUCACGAGAUUUAUACGGCCGAAUCCCCACAAAUUCUGCGUGCGGAGAAUUUUAUUUUGUCGUAUACCAAUGCUUCCUGGUUAAGAAACAUACAAAUAUAUCAUCAUCAUCCUCUCCUGCAAGUAAAUUACUUUCCUAAAUUGAAUUUGGGAGCUUGACUGCGUAUGCUUUUUUCUAUCAAGUAAACUACUUUCCUAAAUGCUUAGCACUCUGUAUUAGUGUCAAAGACGUGCAAGGAUCGAACUGCAAUAAUUCGAAUGGAAUUCCCCUUUGGCCACUCUCACCAUCAACAUCAUCAUCGAGAAGAAGAAGAAGAAGAACGGCGUAAGCAUUCCCACCAGCACUACCCACAACGAGAGUCGAACGCUCCACCAUAUCCAUACCCUCCCCCAGGAACCCAAUUCCCUCCCCCAGGAACCCAAUUCCCUCCACCUCCUCAGCCUUUUGCACACGUACAGCAUCAUGAGCACCAGGGCACUGGUCAAGUAAUACAUCACGAAGCAUACCCAUCUUAUGAUAGGCCUGAUUUUGGUCCUCCUCCACCGAAUCCAUAUCCGCGACCUGGGUAUGACACUCCCGGGGAUUCGUUCCCGCGAUCUGGAUAUGAGCCUUCCGGGAGUUCCAUCCCGCGACCUGGAUACGAGCCUUCCGGGAGUUCCAUCCCGCGACCUGGAAGGAAGCACCCGGAUCUGCCUCGUGGGCAGGUUGUGAGGGUUUCGUGCAAGGCUGACCCUGCUUUUUCUCUUGCAAUACGAAAUGGGUCCGCUGUUUUGGUUCAUGCCAAUGCCAACGACGAAUUCCAGCAAUGGAUCAAGGAUGAGACAUUCAGUGUCAAAGUGAAGGACGAGCGUAGUUAUCCUUCGUUUGCUCUGGUCAACAAGGCAACAGGUCAGGCCUUGAAGCACGCUCUUGGAGAAACACAGCCUGUUCUUUUGACAGAAUAUCGACCAGACACCUUCGAUGAGUCUAUUCUAUGGACCAUGAGUGAGGAUAUGGGCCAAGGAUACAGAACAUUGAGACAAGUUAACAAUAUUCGUUUAAAUGUGGAUGCUUUUCAUGGGGAUAAGAAAUCAGGAGGCAUCAAAGAUGGCAACCCUUUAGUUCUUUGGGAGUGGAAGAAGGGGGAGAAUCAGCUCUGGAAGAUAGUCCCCUACUGAUCAUUUUACACAUCACUUCAAGUGAUCUUCUGAAUGCCAGUGUCACAUCUUCUUCUAUUUAACAAAUGCAUUGAGAAGUUGGAUUCGAUUUAGUCAUUCCUCAGGGAGUGUAUAGGUUUUAUGUUACUGUAUGUAGCAGUUUAUGCCAACUAUUGGUGUUAGUUCUGGACUAAUUUCUUUUCUUUUUUGUAAUUGACUCUUUAUUUUGUUGCUUUAAAUAAACUCAUUAGAUAAUGGAUUAUAGCAGAUUAUGGCAACAUACAAGAUGACUAUUGUGAUAUAACUGAUAAUUGAAAAUUCUACUAUAGUGUAUCUCUUUUUUGUAAGCAUUCCUUCCUUAAGAAGUUAUGUGAGGCUGAAAAGUGGCUUUAAGAAUAGGAAAUCUCAUCUAUGUUUGAAACAAAACAACCUUUAUGUAUCAUCUCUACUUAAGUAGUUUUUUAAUAUUUUCACUGAUAUUUUUAGGGUUGA